AAUGGAUGUUGUUGGACAGUUUAUAAGCAAAUCAGUGCUCAGAAACACAGCCAGUCCUGCACUCCCACCUCCUUCGCUGGCCGUUGUCGUCGUCGUCUGCUAAUACGAUCCUAUAGUCCUAAUCAUAUCAUGUCCAUUCCGGCCUUCUCAAUCCACACCAUUCAUGGCUCGUUCGCUGGUCUUCCAUCGCUGUCUUCUUAUUACUGUAGACCCUCAUCUUCAUACGCUGGCGUCGUAAUGGAUAAUCGCAUCUUCUCAGACAGACGUUCUCUAGGCUUUGCGAAGGACGGCUGGAGUUCCCCCUCAUCCCGUCGAGCGCCACCUGCUCCGCGCACCUACGUUCCUCAGCUCACCAAUUUCCCAGCGCAGGAACCAUUCGACGAUGCCAACGUCGUCCCUGUUCCAAUUGUGAACAACGAUCCUUCUUUGAGCCUGAAUGCAGUGCAGCUUAUCCCCCAUGCGCGGACCCGCGUGGCAUCUCAGCCGUCACCUUUCACGGUCAAGUUGCCACGUACAACUUCGUUGGAUGCCUUGGUGCGACAACGAACUGCACAGAGGGCGGCUGCACAGGACCACGAGGCACGCUUAAAGGCUGUGGCUGGCAUUCUGUUAAAUCGCGGUAAUUCGACGGGGCGGUGUGGUCGGAGGCUCCCUCCAAACCGAGGCUCCAGGACGUACAGACGUAGCAGACUGUCGACGAUGACAAGCGUCGAAGACCUAUGAGGUUGGUAUCUACGCUCACGUGGUCUGUUGCGUCACACUCAUGGGCCGUGCACAGAUGCCCUGCUGUGCAUGUGCACCUCGCUGGUUCUUUUAUUCUUGGGAUGAAUGAUACAGUAUACCGGACCCUUGUUUAUUUCGCUGUGGUUAUCAGUACUAGUACGGAUGUAUGAUAGGUCCCCGGUGUUUCCAUGUAUUUUAUCUCGGAGAAUUAUCGAGACCCCGACUUAGUCAUUUACCCGGAAGAAGGC